CCUCUCUCCUCUUCAGCUUUGCCUGCCUGUCAGAUAGGUACUCCAGUGUUGGAGGCUAGGCUAUCCUCCUCCCCGGACCCGUACGAGAGCCAGCCAGCCGCCCGCCCGUCUCGUCGUACCCCAGGCUCGGGCUCCCCUCUCACGGCUCCUGCCAUGGCCACCACCGCUACUUCCACCAGGUUCACCGACGAGUACCAGCUGUACGAGGAGCUCGGGAAGGGAGCUUUUUCAGUGGUGCGUAGGUGUGUAAAGAAGUCAUCAGGACAGGAAUAUGCUGCAAAAAUCAUCAAUACUAAGAAGCUGUCUGCAAGAGACCAUCAGAAGCUCGAGAGAGAGGCUCGCAUCUGCCGUCUCCUAAAACAUCCCAACAUCGUGAGGCUCCAUGACAGCAUUUCAGAGGAAGGCUUUCAUUACCUAGUCUUUGACCUGGUGACGGGUGGAGAGCUUUUUGAAGACAUUGUAGCCAGAGAGUACUACAGCGAGGCGGAUGCCAGUCAUUGCAUUAGUCAGAUCUUGGAGAGUGUCAAUCAUAUCCACCAGCAUGAUAUUGUGCACCGAGACCUCAAGCCUGAAAACCUGUUGUUGGCCAGUAAGAUGAAGGGAGCUGCAGUGAAGCUGGCAGACUUUGGCCUUGCUAUCGAAGUGCAGGGGGACCAACAGGCUUGGUUCGGUUUUGCGGGGACCCCAGGUUAUCUUUCCCCUGAGGUCCUACGGAAGGACCCCUAUGGAAAACCUGUGGACAUUUGGGCUUGUGGUGUUAUUCUCUACAUCCUGUUAGUGGGAUAUCCUCCAUUCUGGGAUGAAGAUCAGCACAAACUCUAUCAGCAGAUCAAAGCUGGGGCAUACGAUUUUCCAUCCCCAGAGUGGGACACAGUGACCCCAGAGGCAAAGAACCUGAUCAACCAGAUGCUGACCAUUAACCCGGCUAAGAGAAUCACUGCCGAACAGGCCCUCAAACAUCCGUGGGUCUGCCACCGUUCUACAGUGGCGUCCAUGAUGCACAGACAGGAAACUGUCGAGUGCCUCCGCAAGUUCAACGCUCGCCGAAAACUCAAGGGAGCUAUUCUCACCACGAUGCUGGUGUCCAGAAACUUCUCAGUGGGCCGGCAGCAUACCAACUCUGCUGCUGCCGCCUCCUCCACCGCCUCACUGGCUCAGGAAGCGUGCAAAAGUUUACUCAACAAGAAGUCAGACUCUGCUAAGCCUUCUACCAACAACAGUAAGAACAGUAUAGUGAGUGCCAUCAAUGCCCUGAAAGACAGCAACAUGGCAACCAACGCCCAGAUGGAGUCGCAGAGCACAGUAGUGCACAACCCUCCUGACGGCGUCAAGGGUUCAACGGAAAGCAAUGCCACCAAUGAUGAGGAGGAAAUGAAAGGUAGGAAAGCCGACAGUUCGGUGCUGAGUCAGAGCAGUGCCACCGAGGAGAUGCCCCCACUUCUGCCCUCACCUCAAAGCUCACCUGCCAUGCCACCGCAUGACGUAAAGCGCAUGGCAUGGAACAGCGCAGGCAACAGCUCCUGUCCCGACUCUGAGCAUUCACAGUCCUCCAUUCCCGCCGCUCCACUAGGGGGCAACACUGUCGCUGCUAAAUGCAACACUAAGCAGACAGCUCGUAAACAGGAGAUCAUCAAAAUAACGGAGCAGCUGAUUGAAGCCAUUAACAACGGAGACUUUGACGCUUACACGAGGAUUUGUGACCCUGGACUGACGUCUUUUGAACCCGAGGCCCUGGGGAACUUAGUGGAGGGAAUGGACUUCCACAAGUUUUACUUUGAAAACUUGCUCAGUAAGAACAGUAAGCCGGUACACACCACCCUCCUCAACCCACACGUGCAUCUGAUAGGCGAGGAUGCCGCCUGCAUCGCCUACAUCCGCCUCACGCAGUUUGUGGACUCGGCGGGCCGACCCCGAUCCAGCCAAUCAGAAGAGACCCGGGUGUGGCACCGCCGCGAUGGCAAGUGGCUCAACGUCCACUUCCACUGCUCAGGAGCACCAGCUGCACCACUACAGUGAUCAGUGGUCCUGAGCCUCCAGACUACUGGCGUGUCUGUUUUUGGGGGGCAGUUUUUUCCAGCGAGCGUGUUUCCGAGGCUCGUCCUCUGCGUGGAUUGGCUCGUGCCAGGAGCCCGGCCGGGUGAGAUCACAUCCCUCUCCACGAUAACCAACCAAACCUGUCCCUCCUUUGACCUGCUGGGGGCCGGGCAAACACAAGACACCGCCCCCCCCCAUGGGAUGAUGCAUGCAUCUGGCGCCUGAUUGGAGGGCGCACCUUUGCCCUCUCUGUCCCUCCCCUGACAGCCAUCUUUUUUCUGCCCGUGUAAAGAUGAAACGUCCUGGGGGAGGAGAGGAUUUACAGUUGAACUUGUGACAGUUUAUGAGUAUGAGUUAUGAAUAUACUGUGUAAAUUAUGACUAGAUGUACCAGAAAACCACCAAAACCUAAAGCAAGCAUUUAUAUUCACUAUUUAAAGAAGGGAGGAAAUGGAGUUGGACGUUAGCCACUCAGAUUUCGGACACAUUUUGGCAUUCUAGGGGAUUACCAGGUAGAAACUAAAUGUGUUUUGUUUCUGUUUUUUUUUUACCCAGAAGUUGAUGUUAAGAAGUAGGGAAACCCCCCCCCCCCAAAAAAAAAAAAAAGAAUUAUGGGGGGGGGGGGCGGGGGGUUGAUCAAGUCUGCUCAGUCGCAAUUAGUGAGAGAACUUGACGAGAAACUCGAUAUCAAAAAAUGAAAAUGAAGCACCAAAGUGUAGGACUUUAGGCUUUUACGUGUUUGUGUUUUUAUUUGUGUGCUCCUUUGUUUUUACAGAAGGAUGAGGAAGUCGACAUUUGAGUUGAUGUUCUGUUGUGUUUUUAGCGUCCUGUUCCCUGUGAAUAAUGGAGCCUUUUGUUUUUUGGUCUGACUGAUCCUAUAUUCAAGGCUCCUUUUUUUUUUUUGUUUUCAUAAACACAGCAGAGUUUUAAAAAGACAGAUUUUAAUGUACACAUUUAAAACUACUGUGCGUUCUGUGGCGUCUGUAUGCAGUGGAGGGGAGAGUGGUGGUGGUGGUGGCGGCGGCGGCAGACAGGAAAAGGUCUGCAGUUCAGUUUUUGGUUUUGCAUGUUUGCACGCUGCUUCUCUCUCAUUCACCCCCAUCCCCCUCCCCUUUGGAAUAAAACCCUCCUUUGCCUACUGUCUCCAAUCACCCCCCCCCCACCCCCCCCCCCCCCCCCCCCCCCCCCCCCGCUACUGCUUUUCUCUGCUUUCUGCAAGGGCCUGGUUUGUUAAUAAUCACUGUGUAAAUACAGUGUAUGUAUAGAUAUAUAUAUAGAAAAGUGUAAUAUAUGUAGAUGUAUUUGAGAGACACUCAUCCUGUGUAUCUGGCCAUGGGAAACCCCCACCCCACCCCCUCUGAUCCUAAUUUUAGCAACAUCCCAUUUCAGUUUCUUAAAUAUAUUUCCUUCAAACAUUAUAAGAGUUUUUCUUCAUAACUCAGUAGCUGUAGGUUACAGCUCUUGUCCCAUGGCCACAAGACUGUUUUUGUUUUUUGUUUUUUUGGGGUUUUUUUGGAGAUGGGGAUUAAGUGGAGAAAAAAACUAAGUUAAAACCCCUAGAAAAUAGUAAAAAUAUGAAGACCUUUGUCAUAGUGUCCUUACUUUGAUCCAUAAUGCUGUGAGCUGUCUCUUCAUAUCAUACACACACACGCCUGGUGGUAUGUGUGUGCAUUUCGGGCUGUGUAACAUAUCUGCACCGCUGCCAUGUGACCACAGUGCCGCCAACCCGCUCGCUGUGCAGCUUUAAUUGUCUUGAUCCAUCUGCAAAACGAGUUGUAUCUUUAAACCCCAUGAUGAUACCUCCCAGUGUUCUGACCUCGCCCCCUAGCCCCGCCCCCCACCUCCUUGAUCUUGAGAUGUUUCUUUGUACCUCUCUGUUGUUUCUCUGUGUUACUGAUUUUUUCGUUGUUUUUCGUCGUCGUCUCUGUUGCUGUUGUGUAAAUUUCGCCGGUAAUCUGCCAAGCUGGAGUUCUGCACACUCAACACUUAAGGGGAAAAAAAGGGAAAACGGAGGUUUCAAAAAAAAAAAAAAACACUCGUGAAUUGACAAUGAUCGUAGAUUGAUCAAGGCUUAAAUAAUUUAUUAAUUCAUGUACUUUUGACCCUCGGUGGUUUUCAUCCGUGCCUGCUCUGUCGGGGAAAAGCCGUGAAAGUGAUGAAGUGAGCGAGGAGGCGGGGCAUGCAGGUUCUUCCUCAUCCACACUGUCGAAAAAGCAGAGCGGCAGAUCUAGUUAUAUGCAUGUUUCAGUUAAGCCUUUCUACCAUGCACCGACCUAAAUAAGGAUGGAGCUAGUGUUAUUAUGAUAAUUGCAUCUUUGAACUAAGAAUUUGCCUCCAUUCAGAAUGUUUUAAUAGGUGACAUGAAAAAUAUAAUAUUUAAAAAAAAUGCAAAAUUAAAAAAAAAAAAAAACAAAAAAAAAAAAAACAAAAAAAGGAAUCAGGAGCCGUAGCUUGGUAUGAGGCCCUCGAUGUUAGCGUUUUUUCCCUGCAUUGUAAUGGUAAAUACUUAUUGGGCUGCGCUUUCUCCUCCCAGCCGUUUCACAUGGAUGCUGGAGUUUUUUUGCAUGAUCAUGAUGUACAAUGAAAAACAAACCAUGAAUUGACAACUAUCAAAGUGUUUGUCUGAGUGUUAGUUGGUCUUCAUCAUAGCUUUGUUAUUCUUCAAACUUGGAUCUUGAAAGUAUUUAAUAAAAAUACUAUUUCAGCACUG